ACAGGGAUCAGGUAAGCAGAACUGACAGAAGAAACUGAGCUGGCGAGACAGAGAGGGACACACACACAGCAGGUGAAUGAUCUGCCAGAGUACUACUACUUUAUUACAGUCGAGACACUCUUCAGGAUGAUCAUGGCAUGACGUGUGUUGUGACCUACACAGUGGAUUAAUUUCGAAUGAAACGGAUCUCGUAUCCCAACUACGAUUCAAAGAGAUCUAAACACCGUCAGGAGUCCGGAAUUAACAGACACGUCCUCCCACACACCUUUACCUGUUCCUCUUCCCUGCACACACCCUUCAAGCACAGCUUCCCCUGUGCGCUCUUCAGACCAACGCCAAAGAGGAACCUCUCCGGCGGAGCCAUGUUGUCGGGGGACGAGAUUCUGUGCAGCACACGGCAGGUCAUCGCGGGGCUGGAGGCGCUGCGGGGGGAGAACCGCAGUCUGCUGGACGACCUGCAGGGGGCCAUGGAGACGCGGCUGGCGCCCGACAGCGGCAGCCUGGAGCAGGAGAAGAGCAGCCUCAUCCACCAGUCCCUGGAGAGGAUCGAGCUGGGCCUGGGGGAGGCACAGGUCAUGAUGGCGCUGUCAGCCCACCUGGGCUCUCUGGAGGCGGAGAAACAGAAGCUGCGUGCCCAGGUGCGGAGGCUGUGCCAGGAGAACCAGUGGCUGAGGGACGAGCUGGCCGGGGCCCAGACGCGGCUGCAGGAGCGGGAGCAGGAGGUGGUGACGCUGGAGGAGCAGAACAGACACCUGCAGUUCAUGGCCUCCAUACGCAAAUACGACCAGGACUCCCCGUCACAGGACGACAAAGACCCAUCGUCCAAUAAGGAGUCGCUGGACGACCUCUUCCCCACCGAAGAGGAGGAGCCGUCACAGAUGCCCCAACCGCGGCACAGCUGCGCCGCCGCCGCCGCCCAGCAGGGGGGCUACGAGAUCCCAGCCCGCCUGCGGACCCUCCACAACCUGGUGAUCCAGUACGCCUCGCAGGGCCGCUACGAGGUGGCCGUGCCCCUCUGCAAACAGGCCUUGGAAGACCUGGAGAAGUCCUCCGGCCACACCCACCCCGACGUGGCCACCAUGCUGAACAUACUGGCGCUGGUGUACAGAGAUCAGAAUAAAUACAAGGAAGCGGCCAAUCUGUUGAACGACGCACUCGAGAUCCGUGAGAAAACACUCGGACUGGACCACCCAGCUGUAGCCGCUACGCUGAACAACUUAGCGGUGCUUUACGGGAAGAGAGGAAAAUACAAGGAGGCAGAGCCGCUGUGUAAGAGAGCCCUGGAGAUCAGAGAAAAGGUGCUGGGCAUGGAGCACCCUGACGUGGCCAAGCAGCUCAACAACCUGGCCCUGCUGUGCCAGAACCAGGGCAAGUACCAGGAGGUGGAGCAGUACUACGAGAGGGCCCUCCACAUCUACCAGAACCGCCUGGGCCCCGACGACUCCAACGUGGCCAAGACCAAGAACAACCUGGCGUCAUGUUACCUGAAGCAGGGGAAGUACAGACAAGCCGAAUGCCUCUAUAAAGAGAUCCUCACCAGAGCACAUGAAAAGGAGUUUGGAUCAGUGGAAGGAGACGGUCGCCCCAACUGGCCGGAGCCGGGGGGCCCCCAGCAGGAGGGUGCGGGGGGCCUCAGGAGAAGCGGCUCCUUCACCAAGCUGCGGGAGUCCAUCCGCCGCAGCAGCGAGAAGCUGGUCCGCAAGCUCAAAGGAGUGGGCACCGAGGAGAGCGCCCCAAGGAACCCUGGGAUGAAGAGGGCCAACUCUCUGAAUGUGUUGAAUGUUGGAGCCAGAGAGACCCGGGAAGCAGCUCAGCUUCCGGGUGGACUCACGGAAGCACGAGGUCUGAGCUCUAGCACUAUGAGCCUAGCCCGGCGAGGGUCGCUAGGGGGAACGAGCUAACACACACACACACACACACACACACGCAGGUGAUGCACACCCUUCUAUAGACCAAUCCUGAUCCAUCGCUCUGCGGACGGUUAGCUCGCUCACCUCUCUGGGGAAGGUCACCUACGAUCUAUGGGUUGGUAGGUAUUCACAGGGUUUACAUUUUUCAGACCUCAUCCGUUCUCAUCCACACAUCCUACAUCAAGUGGUUCUGUGUAUACCGGCCGUCAUUAUACUACAACACCACUGAAUACCAGUAGCAAUACCGCAAAUACGAAAUACUAAAACACUGCACUUUAGACAGCCAGGCACGUCAACCAUUUCAGACUCCGAAACAUUCCGAAGAAAUCAUGAAACGAAUUGAUGAAUACUUUAUGUUCGUGCUCAAGAAUGCCGUUUAGAUGUUUAAAGAAAUCGCAUUUCCACUAGAUUUGUAUUCUGUAGAAGAAUUGUGAAAUACUUUUAAAUUUGUGGUGCAGUUAAGCUGUUCAUUUUGCUGCUUUUAUCUGAAAAUACAAAAGAAAGAUUAAUCCAUCCAAAUUUAGGGAGAUACUAACACAAAUCAAAAGUUCAAAGUUUCACAGCAGCAUGCUAAAUAUGGAGGGUUUUACAACCUAUGCAUUGUGAAUUGAAUCUUGUACAACGGUGGGAUGAUGAGUUUCUUUUAGGUGACUAAAGUACUAUUAAAACCAUAUCCUUUGACUUGCAAACAUCCAGAAGAAUAUGGAUCAUAGGUCUUUUGCCGCAAAUGACUAAAUCAUUAUUCAAUUAGUGGGACACCAAGCAUUCUCUAAGUCAACAGUACAUGAUGGUCCUUAUUUGGGCUUGGAUUUGAUUCAAAACGUAUCCAACUUUAUUUAAAGCUUGUUCAAAACAGCACAGAACUGUUACGCUUAGCUGUGUGUAACCAUGGUUACAUUCCAACGAUGGUACAAGAAAAUUGCUCAACCGAGUUUGGUGUCUUGAAGUGAGACGUGUUUUUAUUUUAUGUAUUGUCGUGUUGUCCAUUUUGAUAAGAAGCUUGAUAUGAAAUGUUUCGUAAACUUAACCGAUAUCCCCAAAGUUUGCUCUGUGUGCCUGAAUGAACAACAAUCAUAAGUAAUUUCAAAAAAAUGUUUGCGUGCUUAUUUAACAGCUAAUAUUACCAUGCAUGUUAAAUGUGCACUCCCUCGUGGCACCAAAAAUAGACCAAGACUAUGGUCUCCUAAAUCUCAAGGGCCCAUCGUGGUUGGGGCCCCUGUGGCACUACAUGUGUAGCUGUACAUUCUAUUACUAUUUUUUUUCUCAUGGAUAAAACGACUUGUUGAUGAACUGCUGGAUGUAGAGUAUUUGACUCCUGUUUGAUAGGGUGAUUUCCAAAACCCUGGUCCUCAUUCAAACCACUACUGUUGGCAGCCUAGCUAAGCUACGCUACAAUCAGAAUGUUGCACAGAAACCUAGAGUGGUACAUAGGAGGUAUUUAUGUAGAUCGUUACAAAGAAGGCCUAAUGCGUUUGUUAUGAAAUGUUCAUAUUUUAUAUAUAUAUUCCAAACCUGAAGCUGAACUGUCCAAUAAAGCAUUAUAAGACU